CCGGCGUUGUCUCCCAUUGGCCGCGGCCGGGCGGCGCGAAGGCGGCCGUGACGUCAGGCGGCGCGGGUCGUCAUGGCGACGGGUCGUCCCGAUUGGGUACGCGUCCACUGUUGGAGUCCUGCUGUGUGUUCGAGUGUGAGGGGAGAAAGAGAAAGUUUUUACUGCGUGUGGGAGGUGAAUGAGUUUUAAACACUCCAACGUAUUCUUUAAUGUAUAAAUAAGCUACUCUUGGCUUCGUGAGGAGGAGGAAGAAGACAUUUUGGUGCUGGGGAUCCCCCAGCAACGCCUUAACGGAUCCGCGCUAUGUUCACGGACGAGGUCCGGGAGGCCGUGUCGAUUGAUUCGCGCUGGAGGAAGGUUCCCGAGCUGCGUGACGUAGUUUGUCAAACGGCGGUAGUUCGGCGCGCCGAGGCUUCGGUGCAAAUUCGACGCAGCGCGAGAAACGGCACGCAGACCGAUCCGGUCGAGUGCCGAGAGCUGCAGGCCUUCGAUGGGAGUGCGGAGCCGUCGAUCGAUUCCCCGCGUCUGGCCCGCUUUCUCCGGCAGGUGGAGCCCAUGGUGAGCAAGGAGUUAAUAAGGAACAUCAAGAGCCACGCCUUCGAUGGAUUUGAAGUCAACUGGAUAGACCACCCCAAUACUGUUUCAUGUUUACAUACUCUGCAUUAUCCAGAAGCACAGAAGCGAAAACUGCACGUUACUGGUGUGUCUUGGAAUGUGACAGGCUCUGUCAUUGCUUGUGCAUAUGGCAGGUUGGAGGAUGGUGAUUGGAGUACAGAGAAGUCCUAUGUGUGCUCCUGGAACCUAGAUCGGAGAGGGUUGAACCCAGGGAGACCAAAUACAGUGAUAGAUGUUUCUAGUGCUGUCAUGUGCCUGGCAUUCCACCCAGUAGAGCCUUCUUUGAUUGCUGGUGGUCUUUACAGUGGAGAAGUUUUAGUGUGGAACAACAGUAAAACGGAUGACCCUUUAAUUGCUAGAUCAGGAAUGUCUGAGGACACCCACCGUGAGCCUGUUUAUCAGGUGCACUGGAUCCAAAGUUUAAGCCGCAGUAACAGAAUUAAUGUUCUGAGUGCGAGCACUGAUGGCAAGAUUCUGAUCUGGCAAAUGGAUGGGAGAGGUCAGCUAGUACUGCAGGAUGGUUUCGCCCUGAUCGUUCAGCAGAUGCCGCGCAAUGUCAAACUUCACAAGGUUAGUGAAGACAGUUUGUUUGGUGUGACGUCUCUCUCUUUCUCUCGUCUGGAUAAAACUGUGUUCAUUGCUGGUGUGGAAGGCGGCUAUGUGUUGAAGUGCUCAACAGAAGUUCUGACUCAUGCAACAUUGAGCUCUGGCUCUGUUCCAUUGAAGGCCCCAGCUCAGUUCACCUUUUCUCCACACUGUGGUCCAGUUCAUGCUGUUGAUUGCUCACCAUUCCACAGGAACCUCUUCCUCACUGCUGGCACCGAUGGGCAUGUACAUCUUUAUUCCAUGCUGCAGGCUGAACCAAUUCUAUCUCUUCAGUUAUGUCAGAGUUACCUCUUCAGUGUUAACUGGUCCUUUGUUCGACCUCUUGUCUUUGCUGCAGCCACGGGAGAAGGAACUGUGUUGAUUUUUGACCUUGGGCACAGCUCUCUCCGUCCAGCAGUCUCUAUUGAGCAGAACACAGAAAGGAAACCAGUGUACUGUUUGGCAUUUAACCCCAAGCGACCUGAGCUACUUGCAGCUGGUAAUGCAGAAGGAAGUGUGAAAAUCUGGCAGUUGAGUGCUGAACUGACCAAAGGAGGAUCAAGGGAAAUUUCUCUACUUGAACAGUUUGCCAAUGAAGCAGCAGAUUGACCAGAGAUAGUUGGCUGGUGAAUUUCUAAAGAGUACUAGAGGAACUUUCUGCUUAAUCUUCUUGGUGUUUAGUUUUUAUAAAUAUAGCUUGAUUCAGUGUAUAUAAAAGUGCUGUAAAAGAUUGUGAAAUAAAGUUUAAUACUAGAAGGAAUGAGAAAUA